AUGCGACUACAUAAGGGUUCAUCUGAUACUAAAUACCUCCUCUACCCUGUACCAGGGAAAUACACAGGAUAUGCUUCAAGUAAAGCUCUUCUCCCCAGUUCCGUUUCCGGUAUUGCGGAGGUGGCGUCAUCAGCCAGCGCCCGGCGGGCCGCGUCAGGAAGAGGCGCGAAGCUGAGCCGACUUCAGGCGCUGCGCGAGGCGGAGGAGACGCGGCUUCACUUGAAAGCGGCUCAGCACGACCAGCUGAACCGGCUCAAGUCACAUGAUAUGUUGGUGCGUGUAGACAGUGAAGCAUCAAUCAACCCAACUGCCCUGGAGUUGAGCCCAAGGAGCCAUGUGCCAGAAGAAGAGAAGGAUGAGGAGGAAGAAGAAUCAGAUUCCUGA